CGGCACACGACCCAAGACCCAAGAGUUAAACCGCUCACUCUGAGUAAACAUGGCGCUCGACCUCACUGUCAAGGUGCAUCCAGUUGUUUUAUUUCAAAUAGUUGAUGCUUAUGAGCGCCGGAAUUCUGAUUCCCUGCGAGUUAUCGGUACUCUGCUGGGGAGUGCUGAAAAAGGGAUUGUUGAAGUAACAAAUUGCUUCUGCGUUCCGCACAAGGAAUCCGAUGACCAGGUCGAGGCAGAACUCAAUUAUGCCAUGGAUCUCUAUGAUCUCAAUCACAGAGUAAAUGCUCAGGAAAAUAUUGUAGGAUGGUGGGCAACAGGCAAAGAAGUUACGAAUCAUUCCUCCGUUAUCCAUGAAUAUUACGCCAGAGAGUGUAAUAACCCAGUUCAUUUGACCGUCGACACAACCCUCAUGAACACCACAAGGAUGGGCAUCAAGGCUUAUGUUUGUGUGCAACUCGGAGUCCCCAACGGCAAACAAGGAUGCAUGUUCACCCCUGCCAAAGUGGAGAUAACUUGUUACGAGCCAGAAAUUGUUGGAUUGCAACUCUGUGCAAAAACUCAAAUACCAAAUAACCUGACAACUGUUGCAAAGCCGAGUGGUGGAGUCGAGCCAAUGAUGGAUCUCGCUCAAAUAGCAGAAGCGAGUACAAAGUUACUGACAAUGUUAGAUCAAGUGCUGAACUAUGUCGACGAUGUUCUUUCAAACAAACAACCCGCAGACAAUCAAGUUGGACGUGCUCUUCUCGACAUGGUCCAUUCGGUGCCGAAAAUGAACAGCGAUCAAUUCGACGAGAUGUUCAACAGCAAUGUCAAGGAUUUAUUGAUGGUCGUAGCCCUUUCGCAAUUGAUAAAAACCCAGCUGCAGCUCAACGAGAAACUUACACUUUUGACGACCCUCUGAGACUCCCAGGAUCGUUACAAUCGUCACAGCGAAAAACGAACGCCAGUGAGGAUUGAUAACGAGCGAUAAAACUCAAACAAAUGUAAUAUCGGUGUAUUGAAUCAUUUUUAUGAAUUUACCAACGAAUAACACACCCAUUUUUCCGAUAAA